AUGGCAAGCGAUCCCACACGUCUUCGAGACCUCGCGUCUUUCGUGGACCGCAAAAUAAAAUCACUCAUCAACAAUGACCUGAAGGAGAUCUGCCGUCAAGAGGGUCUCCAGGUGUCUGGUGUGAAGGCCGCUCUUCAAAAGCGUAUUUCUGAAGAAGCACUCGAGCGAUUGCGCUACCGCGCCGAGCACCAAGGUCGCACUCCUCCAGCACAAAGUCAUCAGUCUUCGCUAGCCCGCGACACCACCACUCCCAUUUCUCCAGCCUCGCAUACCACCGCUGGCAUGCCUGCCUACCCAAGGCCCGCCGGCUUGCCUCAAUACCAUCAGGCUCCGGCGGCGCGUGCGGCUGCUCCUUCUCGUGCCUCGGUCAAGUUCAGAGAAAGCCCCUUCUAUCAAAUCAGAGAAGCUCUCACUGCGACCAAAGAAUUGUCAGGUACCUACACAUCUUCAUCUUAA